GGUACAGGCCGUGCCAACAGGCGUCAAGCGUCCUUCAAACGUUCCCUAUCGAUUCUCGCAGAGCGUAUAUUACAUCGCGGCUCGCUGCGAAGCAUGUCAGUUGACGUUGUCGCGUCCGUAACGAGUAAUAUCGAAGAAAGCGCAAGUGGUGCAACUUGGCGCAACUGAAACGCGAGGGAAUCUAGGAAGUGAAGAAAGAGCGAGAGAGAGGGAGAGCGGGAGCGUGCCCGUGCCCGUGUCGAGACGUUUUCCGAGGCAGGCGCACGCGAGCAGCAGCCCACAAAAUGUCAACGGACGACGGUGGAACGUGUUGCAAUUCGCGACAGAACGGCGUCGUGCAGCCGCUGCUGACAGACUUAUAUCAAAUCACAAUGGCUUACGCUUACUGGAAGAGCGGCAAAAUGAACGAUCAUGCCGUGUUUGAUUUGUUCUUUCGCAAGAACCCUUUCCAGGGAGAAUUCACGAUCUUCGCUGGUCUCGAGGAGUGCAUAAAGUUCUUGAAUAAGUUCCAUUAUUCUCUCAGUGAUAUCAAGUACCUGAAAUCAACAAUGCCUAUGGUAGACCAAAGAUUCUUCGAUUAUCUGCAGAGUCUCACUGCAAAAGAUGUCACAAUAUAUGCCAUAGAUGAGGGAUCCGUUGUAUUUCCAAGGGUUCCACUGAUAAGAGUAGAAGGACCAUUGAUAAUGGCGCAGCUGUUAGAAACGACUCUAUUAACACUGGUGAACUAUGCGAGCCUGAUGGCAACUAACGCGGCAAGGUAUCGUAUGGUCGCUGGAAAAAAUAUAACGCUACUGGAGUUCGGUCUUCGAAGAGCGCAAGGCCCCGACGGGGGAUUGAGCGCGUCGAAAUACAGCUACAUCGGUGGAUUCGAUGGGACUAGCAAUGUCUUGGCUGGAAAGUUAUUCAAUAUACCGGUAUGCGGCACGCACGCACAUGCAUACAUCACAUCCUUCACGAGCAUCGACGAUUUACAGGAGAAAACGUUGGCGCACAAGCAAACAGGUAAUGUUCUGAACCUGCUGGAACUCGCCUGCAAGUAUCGCGAGGCUAUCGCUGAAGAUCUGGGUGCUUUAGCCUCGCAAGCAUCCGACGGAGAAUUGGCAGCUUUGAUUAGCUAUGCCGUAGCCUUUCCGGAAAGAUUCACCGCUCUCGUGGACACGUAUGACGUCAAAAGCAUUGAGACGUCGGCCAAGGGGCAGGCACAAGUGGCCAGCCUAAAUGUAAAGAAUAAGCUUCUAACUAACGGGUCCAAUACACACGCCCAAAACAGUGUGAGAAACAACCCAUUUAUAUCAGAAUCGACUUCGCAACUUCACAAGAAUGGCUUUUUAAGACGAGGCGAAUUGGGUGAGCUCUAUGUGAGGAGCGGUCUCUUAAACUUCUGUGCGGUAGCGUUAGCCUUGAACGACUUGGGAUACAGGGCUAUCGGUAUCAGAAUUGACAGCGGUGACUUGGCGUAUCUCAGUAACGUAGCGAGGGACAUCUUCGAAAAGCUUGCCGUCAAGUAUGAUAUACCGUGGUUCGCAAAGCUAAUGAUCUGCGCGUCGAAUGACAUUAAUGAGGAGACGAUAAUAAGCCUGAACGAGCAGAGCCACAAAAUCGACUGUUUCGGCAUCGGGACGCAUCUCGUGACGUGUCAGAGACAACCAGCAUUGGGCUGCGUUUAUAAAAUGGUGGAGAUCAAUGGCGAGCCGAGGAUCAAGCUCAGUCAGGAGGUCGGGAAAGUUACGAUCCCGGCCAGGAAGGACGCCUACAGAUUGUACGGUUCGGACGGUUACGCGUUGAUCGACCUCCUGCAGAAAACAACGGAGGAACCGCCGCAAGUAAUGCAGAAGGUCCUUUGCAGGCAUCCGUUCCAACAGACGAAGAGGGCUAACGUGACACCGUCCCAGGUGGAACCUCUGCACAAGAUAUACUGGAAAGACGGUAAGCUGUGUCAGCCCUUACCCACGUUACAAGAAAUUCGCACCAGAGUACAGGAAUCUCUCAAUACAUUACGCAACGAUCACAGAAGAAAUCUGAAUCCAACGCCGUACAAGGUGGCUGUUAGCGACACUUUAUACAGAUUCAUCGACGAGCUGUGGUCUCAGAACGCGCCGAUUGGGGAGUUACGGUGAAGCACAUUACUCUUAUACAGGAAUAUUGUCAAACUAGUCUUUAGCGUCUAUGAGUACCGAGAAAUAACAGAGAAUCGGAAUUUACAAAUAAGAUACACGAAACAUUUUUUGCUACAAACAAUGGUUAAUGUGUGUCGUUGCAAUCAAAGCAUUCGUACGGCAUGUUACACUGCAUGGCACUGCGUGCGCGAAACGUGCAUGUUUGACGCGAUCGCGUUGCAGAAUAUAUCACGAGAACGAAUAAAAUGAGGGUCCUAACGGGAGGGAGAGGAUAUUUUUUACACUUUCCAUUGUUGAAAAUUGCAAAUUAUAUUAUCGUCGUCGCAAUCUAUUUUGGUAAAUCGUGAUAUAAUAUAUUUGUAUAGUUUUACACAAUUUAUAUAGAGAGAGUUCUUUUGUCACAUAGAAAUCUAUCACGAAAAUCUAUUUACAAGCUAUAGCUUUGUCGCUACACAUACAUCAUACAUAUAUACACACAUGUACUUAUUCCUCUUCUUUAAUACAAAAAAAAGUACAAAAUAGUACAUGUGACUUUAGACAUGCACAACUGAAGCACUUCCAAACUCUAAUAGUUAACUCUAGAGGUAGCCCAAAUAUAUAUAUAUGUACACAAUUGAAGUACUUCAAAGAAUGGCAAUAUAAUGUAGCAUAAUAAUUAUUUUCUUGCAUUUUCUAAUUUUCGCAUUACUGAUUGUUUCGCUGUUUCUUCUGUUUUUUUCUUUCACUUUGUUUCUUCUUUUCGUUUGCUUUAUUUUUUAAUGAUUUCUUCCACCCCGUAUUUGUAAAUUCCAAUUGUUAUUUUGUGUUAUUACGUUUGUACAAUUGUAUUGUUAUCUCGUAUAUUUAUAAUUGCUAGAGACUGAUUUAAUGAUUAUUCAUGUAUAAGGGUGAUACAUAUAUAUUCUCAACACAUUGUUAUUCACACAGAUGUACAAAAAGAGAGAACGCGAGCAUAAUACCGUAUAUAUUUAUAAUUUUACAUACAUUUAUGAUAUGUAUAAAAAUACUGAUAAAAGAAACUAUGUACACCAGGAAAAGGAGGGAGGAGAGAAGUAAGAGAGAGAGAGAGGAAAAGACGAAAAGUAUUAUAUUCCAAAUUGAAAUCUGACUAGAGAAACACACGUACCUACACACACACACACAUUCACUGCAAAGGCUUUUUAUUGAUUCAAAUAUUGGUAUACGUUAAGUGAGUUUCAAGGUAAACAUUUUUAUAUAGAGACACACAUAUAACUCUUUACAUAACAAUAACUUUCAACUUCAUUUGAAUACAAGUUUAGGAAAAUCUUUAUUAUAUCACUCUUUGCGGAGUAAUCUUUAAUAUUAUUUAAAUUUUUAGUAAUAUUUAAUAAUUUUUUGCUUUUUUAGAUUCUACUUAAUUUUGAAUCAUGUUUGUUGUAUACUUUUAAUACCUGUUAUCCCUUUAAGUAAGAUCUGUUAUUCUUUCGUAAUGCGAAUUAGCAUCUUAUAAGCAUAAUUAAUUAUACCAGCGUUUUUAUAGUGAGAAAAUAAAUAGCUUAUAGUUGU